UUACUACAAUUGAAGUAUCGAUCGGUAUUUAUCCUCGUGUUAAUGCUAUUCCGAGUUCUCAGGGCUUUCAGAAACUUGCACCGGAAGGAUACUAUGGAGGUGCUGCGAACAGAGCAUCGAGAGAUUCUCAAUAUGCUUUUGACGGUGGGAAGGAUCGGAGGAAUCUGGAGUGCCGUGGAACCGCCCUUGGCAAUUCAACGAUUUCUCUACACCAUCUACGGCCUCAUCGCCAAGGGUUCCAUGUGGACCCUCGCGGCGACGAUGUCCGCCGAUAUAAUUUCCAAUUCCGAUGACAUUCUGGCGAUGUCUGACGCCGGGGCGAUGCUGGCCGGCCUCUCAGCGGUCAUCGCCAAAGUCGUGGUCUUCCAACGGCACCCGAAGGAAAUUCGACGACUCAUCAAUAUGGUCUACAGUCCCAUCGAUACGAUGGUCAUGGCAAAAGAUGGAUAUGUUUACGGUUUGAUGAACUUUCAUGUAACUGUGGAGAAAGUCAUAGAAUAUGGCUGGGCAGGUAUGGCAGUUCAGCUUGUUGGUGCCAUGCUCAUAUCCCCAGUGAUAUUUGCAGGUGGAAAUUCCAGUCUGCCGUUGAGAUCAAAGUAUCCAUUCGAUACCACUGAUGAUUUCAAGCACAAUGUGGCUCUGAGUUUGCAGAUCAUCACAGCUAUCUUCAACUUUACUGCGAUGUUCGCCCUGGACGGACUGAUGAGGGGCUUCUGCAGGUGGACGAGCUUUCAGAUGCAAAUACUCAAUUCAAAUUUCCGACACUGUGAUACGAUCUACUCACACAGUAAUCAAGAGCCUUCAGCUGGAAAACUGACGUAUAUGAGUGACUUUGAGAGCAAAAUUAAUUGUUUCGUUUUGUUUCAUCCAACUGAAAUCACCAGAGAGAGGGAUUCUUUCUUGCAGCGAUUCGAAACAUGUAUCAAACAUCAUCAGAGAAUUAUCGUCAUAAUGGAGGGCAUGAAUAGAGUCUUUGGGUAUUAUAUAUUCGCUGAGUUUUCGUCCAGUACAUUCAUCAUGUGUCUGACGGGGUUCCAAAUUCUUUUGGGAAAGAGGUCAACAACGAAUGUCAUCAAGUUUAUGCUGUAUUUCAACGCAGCAUUCGUUCAUUUAGCGACUUGUUGUUUUUUCGGACAAAUGCUGUCAAACGAGGGUAAUAAAAUACCAGACAGCGUGUGGAUGUCGGGAUGGGAGAAAGAGUCGAAUAUGUCGCAUGCUGGAUAUUUGAUGAUCAUUGCCCUGAUGCGUGCUAAGCAAAUAAUUGAGUUGAAGGCCCUCGGUUUUUACGCAGUUUCGAUGGAGACUUUUUUAAUGAUCGUUAAGAGUUCUUAUUCAGUCUUUGCGCUACUUACGGCUACUACUGAUGAAAUUGCUGAAUGAUUCUGAUUUCCUGACUUAAUGACAUAGUGGAUAAUAGCUUAUGAGGGAUAGACGUUCUUCAUAAUUACUCUGUAGAUACAGGAAAUGAUCGAGAAUAGAGAAUAAAGAAAAGAAGUCACGAAAUGACGGAAUGGAACAGGAUUGAUUCACAUUGCUCUGACACUGCAAAAUAUGUCUCUUCAAAAUUGUAAUAAAUUGACGAGAAUA